AUGGCAAACAAUCCAUCUUCUUCAGUUCACAAGCCCACCUCCGAGACCUCGUCGAGGUGCGUGACAGACGGCCUCACCACCGCCCAGAAGUUCGAGGUCAUUGGGUACUCGCUGCUAGAGGGUAUGGGUGCUAGCAGGUUCGUUACCUCGAGCACAUUCAGCGUAGGCGACUACGAUUGGAAUAUCAUGAUCUAUCCUGAUGGCAUGGAGGAGGAGGACAAGGCUUGCUAUGUGUCGGUCUUCUUGGCCGUCUGUGACGGGGCAACUGGCGUGAGGGUGAAGUACACUUUCAGUUUACUGGAGAAAGAUGGAAGGGUUAGUAAUCUACGUAGCGCAACAAGGACAUUUGAGCCCUUAGCUAGUUCUUGGGGCUGGAGCAAGUUCAUUGAAAAGUCCAAGCUGCAAGAACUGCUAUCCCGUAGUGACGAUUGCUUCACAGUCAGGUGUGUUUUGACCAUCAUAAAGAAGACUCGCAUAGAAGGUGCAGGCAGUGUCAUAGUCCCAGUCCCAGAGUCGAAUCUGCGCACACACUUUGCAAACAUGUUGGAGGAUGGGGAAGGCGUGGACGUGACAUUUAGUGUCGGUGGCCAGCUCUUCGGUGCACAUAAAUACGUGUUAGCCGCACGAUCCUCGGUCUUGAAGGCCGAGCUCUUUGGCCAAAUGAAGGAGACCACCAUGAAAUGCAUCGAGAUCCAUGACAUGGAGCCUGCCAUCUUUGAGGCACUUAUUCACUUCAUUUACACGGAUUCACUGCCAAGCAAUUGCGAUGUUGAUCAAGAUGGGGCAUUGCAACACUUGUUGGUUGCCGCAGAUCGGUAUGGGCUGGACAGGCUAAAGGCUAUUUGUGAAGGGAUGUUGUGCCAGAGAAUUGAUGUGCAAACAGUUGCAACCACCCUAGCUUGUCUUGGGUACCUAUCUUCACAGGAUGUGCUUCGAGCUGUCAAGGAGACUGACGGAUUCAAGCACCUCGCAACAAGUUGUCCAUGGAUUAUAAUGGACAUUUUAGACAAGUUGUCAGAAGUAUGA